AUGUAUUCUUGGCUUGAUGCCUCGCGAAAAGAGAUACGCCUACUCCACGUUCACCCAGGUGCCUGGAAUGACGACAUCGAAUGCCACCUACAGACCGUGUCGCUCAACGACAACCCGAAGUUUUAUGCCAUCUCGUACGUUUGGGGAGACCCAACGAUCACGCUGCCAAUCACCAUCGAUGGUGAGCCACUGGAGAUUACACAAAACCUGCGCAAUGGGCUCCAGCGAUUGCGGAGAACGAAUGAAGCGUUAGUCAUCUACGCGGACGCAGCUUGCAUCAACCAGUCGGAUCUUAACGAGCGAUCCGAGCAAGUGCAGCUUAUGGGCGAGAUAUACAGUUCUGCGGAAGAAGUCUUCAUUUGGCUCGGCUACGGAAACGACAAGCAAGCGCCUACAGAAGUACCAAAUACUAUUGACUGGACAGGAGACGAAAGAGAUGAUGAGAUAGUGGAUGCCUAUUUCAAGCGGAGCAAGUAUCAAGAAGCAGGAAGAGAACAUAAAAAUAAGGCAGAGGACGUACUCGGACUCUUCGUUUACUUAAGAAUCCGUGCCAUGGAUAAACACUUGGCCGAUACUCCUUUCUUCACCGUGGAUAACGACAGACUGUGUCCUCAGGAAGGCUGGCAGGCAGUCAUCCGCGCAAUGAAUACGUUCAGUGCCAAUCCUUGCGGUGCAGCAACGUUGCAGGAUUCUAAGCAGCGAGGGGAGAAAUUGUCCCUUCGUCAGGUUAUGCGUCGAGUCAAUCUUCUCGAAGCCACAGAUGUCAGGGACAAAGUGUUCGGUGUGCUUGGCCUUGUCACAGACUGGCAAGGCUUACACCCCAUCAUUCCUGACUACAGUCUUCCUCCGGAGGAAGUCUUUGCGCAAGCAAUAGUGAGAGACAUACAAGGCACCCACGCCUUGGAGCCGGCUCAAACAAUUUCAGAAGUAGGGCCAAGACUGUAUGAAGCAGAUUCCAAGCCCCAAGACAUCGUCGAUGCCAUUGCGACGUGCUAUCGCAUGAUCGAAGCUGCAAAGGAAAGAGGUCGCGAGGUUCCUACAACCCAAGCAUCAGACGAGGCCCUCUGGCGUACAUUGACCGGCGACAGCUGGAGAACGCUCCAGUUGAACGAAGCAGAUUCAUCCAGACACACUCCUGAGAUAAGUAAGCGACAAAAGUUCGGAAACACCAACGUUGCUCGAUUGGGGAGAAACCUACAGAACUGGUAUCAGACCCGCGCUACCGGUCAUGUUGCUGAGGAAACGUACCAUUCUGCCUCCGAGCGCUUCCAGGUGCGUCUAGAGGUCACUAUAUGCUCGUUGGAGAUACGUAUGUGCAUGGGUUGA